AUGGUCGCCGAAGAUGGGAAGAGCUUCGUAAAGAGGGACACACUCAAAAAAAUAGAAGCAAAGAUUCAAAGUUUGUGGAAAGAACAUGACGUUUACAGGGCCAAAUCUCGGGAAAAGCCUCCUAAGCCAGGGGAGAAGUUCUUUGGAAACUUCCCGUUCCCUUACAUGAACGGCUUUUUGCAUCUUGGACAUGCAUUCUCACUCUCAAAGCUAGAGUUUUCUGCACGUUAUCAUAGACUAAGAGGUGCCAAUGUGCUCUUCCCUUUCGGUUUUCACGGAACCGGAAUGCCCAUCAAAGCCUCAGCUGAUAAAAUUGCACAAGAGAUUCAACAGUUUGGACACCCGCCUAUCUUUCCCAUCAAUGAAGAGGAUCCAGUGAACCAAGAAGAAGUUGAAGAUGCAAAUGCAGGUGCACCUCUAGAAACUAAGUUCAAGGGAAAGAAGUCCAAGGCUGCAUCAAAAUCAAGCGGACAAGCGUACCAGUGGGAAAUCAUGCGUAGUCUUGGCCUUUCCGACAGUGAGAUAUUCAAAUUCUGCGAACCAUCUGAGUGGUUGAGCUUCUUCCCUCCAUUGGCAAUGGAAGACCUCAAGGCUUUUGGCUUGGCAUGUGAUUGGAGCCGUUCCUUUAUUACUACAGAUAGGAACCCGUAUUUUGAUAAGUUUGUGAGGUGGCUGAUGCGGAAGUUGAAAGACGAGGAUAAGAUUGUCAAAGCGAAACGCUACACCAUCUACUCUCCAAUGGACGGGCAGCCAUGUGCAGAUCAUGAUAGGGCAAUUGGCGAAGGAGUUCAGCCCCAAGAAUAUACUAUCAUCAAAAUGGAGGUGGCGAUACCUUUUCCUUCUAAGUUGGGAGUGUUGGAGGGGAGAAAAGUGUUCCUUGCUGCAGCAACAUUGAGACCUGAGACCAUGUAUGGGCAAACAAAUGCGUGGGUAUUGCCCAACGGGAGGUAUGGAGCCUUUGAAGUCAAUGAAACAGAUGUAUUUAUUCUUACGCAGAGGGCAGCGCGUAAUCUUGCUUAUCAGGGGUUCUCUAGGAUACCUGAGAAACCUUCUUGCUUGAUUGAACUAACUGGUUACGAUUUGAUUGGCCUUCCAUUGAAGUCACCGCUUGCACGCCAUCAGAUUAUUUAUGCCCUUCCUAUGUUAACCAUCGUAGCAGACAAAGGGACUGGGAUUGUGACUAGUGUACCUGGGGAUGCUCCUGAUGAUUAUAUGGCCCUGCAUGAUUUAAAAUCAAAACCAGCUUUUAGAAACAAAUAUGGUGUGAAGGAUGAAUGGGUUAUGCCCUUUGAGAUUGUGCCGAUCAUCAAUGUUCCAGAAUUUGGAGAUAAGGCUGCGGAGAAGGUUUGUGGGGAUCUCAAGAUUAAAAGCCUGAAUGAGAAAGAGAAGCUAGCAGAAGCCAAGAGGUUGACAUACUUGAAAGGGUUUACAGAAGGAACACUGCUGGUGGGGGAAUUUGCAGGAAGGAGAGUCCAGGAGGCAAAAUCGUGGAUAAGGAGCAAACUAAUGGAGGAAGGAAAUGCAAUCAUGUAUAGUGAACCGGAGAAGCACGUAGUGUCACGGUCAGGGGAUGAAUGUGUUGUGGCUCAAACAGAGCAAUGGUACAUCUCUUAUGGUGAACCUGAAUGGAAAAAAUUGGCUGAGGAAUGCUUGUCGAGCAUGAACUUGUACUCUGAAGUGACACGACAUGGAUUUGAACACACGUUAAGUUGGUUGAAUCAGUGGGCUUGUUCACGAUCGUUUGGGCUUGGAACACGUAUUCCCUGGGAUGAAAAAUACUUGGUCGAGUCGUUGUCUGAUUCAACCCUUUACAUGGCUUAUUACACCGUUGCUCACUUUUUACACGAUGGAGACAUGUAUGGGGAUUCCAACACAUCUGGGGUUAUACCUGAACAAAUGACUGAUGAGUGUCUGGUAAGGAUCUCAUCCAGAAUCAUUUAA